AUGGCUACUGAUGGUAGUGGAACUGGAAGAAAGGAAGUUGAGAUUACCGUUCCUGAUGAAACAAAUACGGGGGGAAACCAAUCUGUACAAGGAAAAACCCCUGAAUCUUCUGUGCAAGAUAAUUCAAAUAAGAGGGCAAAGAAAAAUACAUAUGAUGUCUGGAAGUUUUUUACUAAAAUUGGUGUGGUUAAUGGCAAACAAAAAGCAACCUGUAAUGGAUGUGGAAAACCAUAUGUUUGCGGUGGAAAGGAGUAUGGAACUUCAACCCUUAGGCGUCAUAUGGAGAUGUGUGUGUCACUGCCAAAAUAUAAAGACAUUGGUGACAUGAUGAUAGACCAUGCAGGGAAUGUAAGAUCCAGGCAACUUGAUCAUAACAAAGUUCGAGAAAUGAUUUCUGCUUGUAUCAUUAAACAUGAUUUACCAUAUUCAUUUGUUGAGUAUGAAGCGGUUAGGGAGUUGCUCAAAUAUUUGAAUGCUGAUUAUAAGAACAUUACUAGAAAAACUGCAGUGAUGGAUGAGGGUAUGAAAGUAGCAAGUGAUGCUAUGCAUAAGAUUAGGGAGAGCAUUAGAUAUGUAAGGCAAUCAGAGGCGAGGAAAAUUGUUUUCAAGAGAUGUAUUGAACAAGUUGAAGUUCCUGAAACAGUGAGUUUGAAGUUAGAUGUCCCAACUAGAUGGAAUUCUACACAUGCAAUGCUUGAAAGUGCACUUAAAUAUCGUCAUGCCUUUGCUAAUUUGGCUUUCAAUGACACCAAUUAUCCUCAUUGUCCAACCAAUGAAGAGUGGGCUAGAGCAGAAGCAAUGUGUAAAUUCUUGAAGCCAUUUGCAGUGAUUACAAAUUUGAUGUCUGGGUCAACAUAUCCCACUUCUAACAUGUACUUCAUGCAAAUAUCAAAAAUUGAGUCAAUGUUAAAGCGUCAUAUGCAUAAUGAUGAUUCUGUGAUUCGAGAUAUGGCUGUUAGAACGCUUGACAAGUUUGAGAAAUAUUGGGAGUCAUACUCUGUCAUUCUUUCACUUGCAAUUAUCCUUGAUCCACGGAUGAAGUUUGAUAUCGUAAAAUUUUCUUACUCAAGACUUGAUCCUAUAAAUUGUCAUGAGAAGGUUGAAUAUGUUAGGAGCAAGUUGUACAGUGUUUUCAAUGAGUACAAAAAUCUGGUAUCAUCUUCAUCUCCAACCCAUAUUGUUCAAACUGAAUCAAGUUACAAUGCUAGAUCCAUUCAUCCUGCAAACAUUGUGCUGCCUAAUUUCUCUGUGAGGGAUCAAUCUAACUACUUGGAUGCUUUUGAUGAUUAUCUUGAAUGCAAGAGCAAAGAUAGUGCGACAAUAGAAAAGUCUGAAUUAGAUUAUUAUUUGGAAGAGGCAACACUUGAUCCUACCUUGUUUGUAAACCUACAGGUUUUGGAUUAUUGGAAGAGUAACUCAUCUCGGUUUCCUUGUCUUGCAAAAAUGGCAUGUGAUAUUCUUAGCAUUCCCAUAACCACGGUUGCCAGUGAAUCAGCUUUUAGUAUUGGUUCACGAGUUCUCACAAAGUAUAGAAGUAGUCUUCUUCCGAAUAAUGUGCAAGCCCUCAUUUGUACUCGUAAUUGGAUUCUUGGUUUUCCAUUUAAAGAUGAUCCUGAAGAAGAAAUAGUUUCUAUCAAUCCUGAAGAAGCUUUAUUUAAUGCUUCAAGUGUCCCACCCGAUUAG